CAAUUUCUUAACAAAAACCAAAUUGCUUUUGAAUGGAGGCAAAUGAACUCUUUAUCAAUAAUCUUUCCGGCGACUUCCCUAAAUAACCUACGCAGGUGAUACGCGCUUCAGAAAUUAUAAAACAGAAAAGAAAUUUAACAUUUUUCGCACUAAACCGAUAAAUAUGUACUGACUGGUUUCCCUUCUUCAUGGUCCCUAAAAAAGCUCUCCAUAAAUCGAUAUCUAAAAUUGCAGCCGGAUAGGGAAGGAAACAGUGAUCUCUUUUGUUCUUGCUACACACCUCGUCGUAUUAAAUUUGACUGCCGGGCGAGGCAAAGUACAGAAUGUUCGGCCGGACUGGAGCGGUAAAAACCUGUUCACUUCUUGUACCCCUGAAGAUGAAAGCAAUUCUCUUAAUGCUCUUGAUGUUUCAAGCUGUGAGGCUGACGUCACAAUCCGAACUUGAAUCAGUCAACGAAGAAUCAGACGCUAAUUACAACAAUGAUAAUCGUUUUCUGGAAGGUAAAGUGUCACGAAGAUCGGCGAAUGACGACACGAUCACAAUACAACUGCGACAUCGUUCCAAUAUCUCAUGGGAGUUUUUGGCCAUUUCUUUCAACUUGACUACAGAAGACUUGGAAUUGAGCUACGAGACGAUUUGGAAUGAAGGAAAAAGAACCGUAACUUUAAAAAGAGCAAGAGGACCAGCUGAGGACAAGAAGGAUUUGCACGCAGAUGAGUAUCACACAUCCAAGCAGACAAGGAACAAAAACGCCACAAAACAACACGGGGACAUAAAUCAACGUGUAAGGGCCAAGCGAGUGAUCGUGGGAGAAGAUGAACGAAAAAACCUUCCGUCCUCGAGCAAAGCCCAGAAGUCACCGCACUCCGCCGCAUGUAAGGUAUCCUGCAAAGGAUUCUGUUCCUGGUCGUGUUCCGGCAUUUUGAUUGGUCAACGUCACGUGCUUACAAGCGCGCAUUGCAUCGACGACGUGAACGUUGCUACGCUUCAAGCUGGCUUCCUGGAGCGAAAUGGCCGACUACAGUGGUAUGGUGUGAGCAAAGCUUACGUUCCACUGCGAUGGAAAAUCAGCAAAGAUGACGAUUACGCAGUGUUGAAGUUACGUGGUCUUCCAAAUCGACGAUCGUUUGUUCAUAUAUCAUCAAUGUCUUUGCCUACAGGUUCUAUGAUUUCCAUCACGGGAUUUCCAAGUGACAAAGCUCCUAGCAGUCUUUGGAUGUCAAAAUGUCGCGCGCUCAAAGUGACCAGCGGUCUCAUUUGGAAUGACUGUGAUGCGGCCCGAGGAAGUUCAGGGUCCGGUGUGUUACUGAAGGACACCAGCAGCGGAUCCACUCGAACUGUUGUUGUCGGCGUCUUAUCACGCGAGGGAACUCUAAGAAGAGGCUCCAAAAAACUACGACUUAACGUGGCUGUUCAUUUAACGGGGACUCGGUUGUCCCAGGUUAAUGAAUGGACAAGCGAAUGAACUCGAUCUCUGUCACAAUUAACAGCAAUUCAAAAUUAAAGCUCAUGGAAAUACACAGGCUGCCUGAUUUAUAUAUUACUAGGAUAGUUUUGGUAGUAAAUUCCUUAUGUUCAAAAAUUUAGCAGCAGAUUAAUUUUAUUUGUCGGCUGGGAUCGCCUGGUUAUGACUGGCCGAUGCAAGGUUGUCAAUCGCAGUAAUCGAUAAAUCAUGGAUCACGCUUUGCACCCAAACGGUCUGCCUGAACCUGGCACCCAGUCCCCCUCUCGUGAUUCUCUCCACACGAGGCUUAAGCCCUCCGCCCUAUCUCACAGCAAACAACAAUAACAAACAAAUAAAACAAAGCUAAAAAAGAACCACGCAAGCAAGCAAACACACAACAGUUGGUAGAAGAUCACGGUGUUUCAGCAUGAUAGAAGGAAAAAUAGUGAAUUCUUGUAUCUGAUGUUUCUCCUUCCUUCGCGCCGGGACACGUAAACUUCGAUCAAACAACAGUAAACCAUGUCUGCCCACAAUACCUUUCGGCAUUGGGCUGUAUGCUUACUGCACAAAACUUACUGUGUAAGGGAGGCGCAGUAGUCUAGUGCGCUCGCUGGACUCCGGACGCACUGACCAGGGUCAAUGUGUCGUGUUCUUCGGGCAACAGUGCCUCUCUCUCCCCAGGUGUAUAAAUGGGAACCGGCGACUUUAAUUCUAAGGGAAAACCCCGCGAUUGACUAGCAUCUCGUCCAGAGAAAGAGUGGUGGUGGCAGAAAUUAUUCCGAAUUGCUACCGACAGUGUCGAAAUAACGCAACUGCUACCAAAGAUAUGCUAAGAAAUACUACGACAAAAUCAUCAUAUUACACAUUCCUUUAAUUCCAAGAUGAAAAUACGAAGUAAGUCGAACAAUUACAUUGUCAUACAUCUUGUUUGUGGGGUGGGUGGAGAGGGUAGGUAGAUAUUUCCUUCCUUGCCAGCUCACCCCCUCUCCACAAAAGAUCCGCUCUAUUGGUAAUAAAGCCAAAUAUGUUAUUUCUUUAUUUACACUUAUCUUUUGUUAGAUUUAAAUUUUUUGAAAGGUAAUACUUAAAUCAUCCAGGCUUCAUAAUGCAAUUAAAAAUAGUUAUAAAUCUUCAUUAAUAUUGCAAAAACCCUCACAUAAAGGGAAGAAAGCGUUAAUAUUAAUAGCGCUUUUAGAAGAAAGCGAUAAUAAAAUAGUCAUAUUAUAAAUAUGUCAUUUCAGAAAUAUCCAGUCACACACAACGCGGACUGAAAUUGAAUUAAAACUCAAUGACGGUGAGAUUUUAAUGAAUAAAUAUAGCUCUAAGCGCGAAGACUACGAGUAGCCGAAAUACGACAAUCAACACCAGAAGUAAAAUAAAAACCAAAGUAGUCACUCUGGCCAAUCACAAUGGACGUGGACAAUCCAGUAAACCAAUCAACACUCCAAGCAAAUACGUCACCAGCACAAAGCGCGGGAAGACGUGCGAUCGAGUCGCAACUGGUUUUGGUUUUACUUCUAAUUCGAUAAGAAAGUGGCGCGAUUUUUUUAAGCCAAUCGAGUAGCGUGGUAAUGCGACAUCAAAGCGAACGCGAAUUACUUUCAUUUUGACCCUCACGUGAAAACAGCUCUAUCCUGUGCUACGAUAAAUUGAUGAGAAACCUUAUGAUUCCCUGAAUUCCUGGCAGAGUAAGAUAGCCUGAAAGUUUUCCAUUAGGAAAUUGUAAUCACUGCCUUUCUCCAAGGUACGGACAAAAUACUUGACUGAGGUCAUUGCGCACGGUGAGUACCAAAAUCCUAGAGCAGCAUAAACAUGACGGAUUAAUACCCCAAAAUCCUAGAGCAGCGUAAACAUCACGGAUUUUUGCCCCAAAAUCUUUCAAUCAUUUAACGAAAAUUUCAUCUGCUGUUUAAAACUGGAUUGGAGAUUCAGGAGAUUUGGAAGAUUCUAAAUUAGAAGCAAGAGGGAUCUUGAGGAGUUCUCUUCAGAGUCUGUGCUAUUAUGGUUCUUAGGUAAAACACGAUUCGUCCUCUUGGCAGUCUCCAAGAAAAAACAACUACCAAAACAA